GUAGAGCGGAGCUACGGAAGGAGCAUUGUGUACAUGGCACUGGGAGUAGGAAGUAGCGCAGAGGAAAGCUAUUGCGCAGCUAUUUGAUCGCAGCAUAUUAGUGGGGCUUCUUGUAGACAGUGCGUAUUCUCUGCUUUAACAAACACCUACCUGGUCACACGAGCGAUUUGGGAAAGGAGCAGGGAACCAUGGCAGAUGAUGAGCACUCAAACCAGAGCGGGAUAAGCACGGGAAAUUGCGAUAGCGCCAACUGCAAUGUCCUGAGCUGGGAGCAAGUGCAGCGGCUGGACGCUAUCCUCACCGAAACCAUUCCCAUCCACGGCCGCGGCAACUUCCCGACCCUGGAGAUGAAGCCCAGUCAGAUCGUGAAGGUGGUGCGGAGCCGCCUGGAGGAGAAGGGGAUAAGGGUCAGGGAUGUUCGGCUGAACGGCUCGGCGGCCAGUCACAUUCUGCACGAGGACAGCGGCUUGGGCUAUAAGGACCUGGACCUCAUCUUCUGCACCGACCUCACAGGGGAGGCCGAGUUCCACACUGUCAAGGAUGUAGUGCUGGACUGCUUGCUGGACUUCUUACCCGAGGGGGUUAACAAAGAGAAGAUCUCGCCCCUCACCCUAAAGGAGGCAUAUGUGCAGAAAAUGGUAAAAGUCUGCAACGACUCCGAUCGAUGGAGUCUAAUCUCCUUAUCCAACAACCAUGGAAAAAAUGUGGAACUGAAGUUUAUGGAUUCUUUGCGGAGGCAAUUUGAAUUCAGCGUUGAUUCCUUUCAGAUUAAACUGGAUUCUCUUCUACUGUUUUAUGAGUGUUCCCAGAACCCAAUGACCGAAACUUUUCACCCAACCAUUAUUGGGGAGAGUGUCUAUGGGGAUUUCCAAGAGGCCUUUGAUCAUCUUUGUAACAAGGUUAUUGCCACCAGGAAUCCUGAGGAGAUCCGUGGAGGUGGCCUUCUCAAGUAUUGCAACCUUUUAGUAAGGGGCUUCAGGGCAGCUUCAGAAACAGAGAUGAAGUCUCUGCAGAAGUACAUGUGUUCUAGAUUUUUCAUUGACUUUUCGGACAUUGGUGAGCAGCAAAGAAAGCUGGAGUCUUACUUGCAGAACCACUUUGUGGGGUUAGAAGACCGCAAGUAUGACUAUCUCAUGACUCUUCAUGGUGUAGUCAAUGAAAGCACAGUUUGCUUGAUGGGCCAUGAAAGAAGGCAGACUUUGAGUCUUAUCACCAUGCUAGCAAUCCGUGUCUUGGCUGAACAAAACAUUAUCCCUAAUGUGGCUAAUGUAACUUGCUACUAUCAACCAGCCCCAUAUGUAGCAGAUGCUAACUUCAGCAAUUACUAUAUUGCCCAAGUUCAACCUGUUUUCACAUGCCAACAGCAUACAUACUCCACUUGGUUACCUUGUAAUUAAGAUUGAGUAAACUAAUUAGGAGUAAAAUGUUUCUUACACUUACAGGAAGGGGGAAACCCAAUUAUUACAAUGGGGUGCAAUUGUAUGCAGUUAUGAUCUGCUCUAGGUUUGAAUCUUUGUGAAGCUUCUGGUUCAUGUGGUAUACAUGAGUGCAAGGCCAAAGCUAGAAGAUUGUAAUUGGGUUAAGCCCAAGAGCACAAGCAGCCUAUUACGUUAGUGAGCGCUUCCCUUAAUGUAUAAGGGAUCAACGGUGAAUAAAAGUACAGGCUGGCAGUCCAGCUCAGUCAAUAUUUGAAUUCAAAAAGGUUGAUUAAGUUUCAUGGACCUUGUGUAAUGAAGUAAAUAUUCUGACAGAAGGAUUAGUGUUGGGUUUGAAGCAAGUACCCUCUAAAAGUCAAAGAAACACAGCUUGGUGGCAAGAAAUACAUAUCCAGGGAGAAUGAUACAGUUGCAAAAAUGAUAAAGCAAAAUAGUGAAUGCAUGAUUUAUAUUUUAUAGAUGUGAAUGUGUAAGAGGUUAGUGGUAGCAAAGAGAUUGCUUGUGGACCAAAGAUUUCUUAAGGAUGUAUACCCUACUCAACUGGUAGAGGAGAGCCUAGAUGUGUACUUGUUACCUUACUGUAUCAAAGUGCCUGUUGCCUUCAUAAAAUUAGGACAAUAUUAUUAUUUUUUUGAUCAUUCACAUAUCUAUAUUUCAGGUAUACUAGGGAAAAUAAAUCUUAAAUUUGUGAUCAGCAGUGGAGCGAAUGCCCUGUUCUACUUGCAUACUUGCAAAUGCAUAUAUAUUUAUAUGAAGAGGAUACAGAGAGGCGAUGUGUGAAUUACAUGGCACAUUCACAAGGAUAUAUCAGAAAUAUAAUUCAGCUAAAUGUAGCACUUAGGGAGAGUUCAUAAAUAAAUGGGUUAGCACAUUUGUACAGUACAAACCCUGCAAAGUUUCCUUGUCCACACCUGAAUAUUAUGUUUAAUAAACCAUAAAGGUUCUAAAGGAACAUAGAUGAGUCAUUUACUUAUUUAUGCAAAUUAAACAAAUGCAGUUGUCUAACCAGCUGUUUUUGUAGGUUUCCAGUUUUAUUGUAUCUGCCUUUGAAUAUAUAAGUAAUCUAAGCACACUGAGGUUGUGGCUGCAAAACUUCACACAUUUGGAAAAGCAAAAAAAAAAAAA